GUCUCUUUUCUCCUUAUCCGUUGGUUAAAAAAAGAGUAGAAAAAAGGGAACAACCAAACCCAUCAUCUUUUUGUUCUUUCUCCUAAUCUCUCUGCAAUGGCUCGAUCUUUCUCUCCUUCACUUUCUCUCUCUCGGUGCCGUUUCGUCGCAUCUUCUCUUCUCCCUUCAUCUCAAACCGUAUUUUUCCGAUCUCAAUCCUCGAAUCGACGGUCAAACCGCAGAGGUGAGCUCUACGAGAUCGAUACCGCCGCAUCGUCGCAGUCGCAAUCGGAUCCUCUUCUCCAUAAGUUGGAAGAUGCUGUCCACCGGAUAAUGGUACGCCGAUCCGCUCCGGAUUGGCUCCCUUUUGUUCCCGGUGCUUCUUAUUGGGUUCCACCUCCUAGAUCCCAGACUCAUGGGAUCGCUAAGCUCGUUGAGAAGCUGGCCAAUCCUAUCUCUGAUGAAGAAUCUAUUUCUCUCUCAUCGGUUCGAGGAUGGCCUUCCUCUGAUUACUUCAUCAAAGGCGUACAGCCUCAAUCAAUGGAAACGGAGGUGGCUUCAAAUACUGCAUCUCACUCUGAGGACGAGGAAGGGUAGACCCCAUAACUCGUCGAACCAGUGUUUGGGUAAGAGAUGAAACAAAUAUCAAAACUUUGCGGGCUCUUCAAGAUUUGUAGAUUUUAAAAAAUAGGAAUCAUUGAAGAUUCGAAUCACCAAGAGCAGCUGCAAAGACGUGACAUGGUUUAGAGUUUAGACUCUUUGAUAGGGUAGAGUAAGCAAACCUUUUACAGACUGAUCAGAUCCUAUCCAGUUCUGAAAAUGUAAAUUCAAAUAAGAAAAGGUGUUGUGGCUUAGCCCUGUGUUUUCAUGUAAUCUUCCUUGUAACAGUUUGUUGAAUCAUGUUUAUAACAGUUUCAUGUGUAUAUAUGCGCAUUAGCUUGCAGAUUCGCUCCUCA